UUGCGUCAAGAAUUCAGGGAAUUGGAACUCUUGGACGACAUAACAAAGCUACGGUACGAAGGUCAAUUACCGUCCCAUAUAAAUGUGCAUAGACGCUUAGAUCUUAUUGCUCAGUACCGGAAGUGGCGGGGUGCAGAAUACAUGCCUGCGACGGUAGCAGCCGCGAUAAAAUGGCGAGACGGUAAACCCGUG